UAGAUGACUCGAUUUCGUCUCGGUCUUCCCCUGCCGGCUGGGCAGAGGCACCAGGAUCAGACAGACACAUUCCCUGUGGACGGCGCUCCCAUCGGAUGACUGGAGGGACUGGACACCAGGCACAGGCAGUACUUAAAAAAAACCAUAAGUCUCCCAAACAUCCACAACGGCUCGCUCUCUCAGAAAAAAAGACAGCGCUGCCAUUUUGGAUCCUGUUCAGCCGCGCGAAGCCGGCGUUUGCACAGAUUUUCUGACGUCAUAUUAAGGCGCACCGGGCGCGCAGACUUCUGGGAGAUGAAGUCCUUGCGAAGGCAGCGCAUUGAUUGGGAGCGCGGGAGCCAGGACCCUUUGCGCAGGCGCGUUGCUUACCCGACCUGAAGAGGCGCCGUCUUCCCGGGUCCCGAGCACUCUGUGCCGGAGGACUCUGCCCUUGUCUACAGGGAGAGCACACAGGAAAGAAUGGCUGCUGUGUCUCCGACCACCAGAUGCCAGGAAUCAGUGACAUUCGAAGAUGUGGCUGUGGUUUUCACAGAUGAAGAGUGGAGUCAUCUGGUCCCCAUACAGAGGGACCUCUACAAGGAGGUGAUGCUGGAGAACUAUAACAGCAUCGUGUCAUUGGGCCUUCCAGUUCCUCAACCUGAUGUGAUUUUCCAAUUGAAGAGAGGGGACAAGCCAUGGGUAGUAGAUCUGCAUGGGUCUGAGGAGAGAGAACGGCCAGAGAGUGUCUCUCUAGAAACUAAGCCUGAGAUUCAUGAUGCUUCAGACGAAAAAUCAGAAGGAUCAUUGAGGGAAUGCCUUGGAAGGCAAAGUCCUCUGUGUCCUAAAUUUGAAGUUUAUGCACCCGAUGGCAGGAUGGGAACAGAAAAGCAAAGCCCUUCAGGGGAGACUCGUAAGAAAUCUCUCUCCCGGGAGAAAGGCGUGCGGCGAGGGUCAGCCCUGCCCAGGGAAGUUCUCACUAAAGAAAGACACCAGGAAUGCAGUGACUGUGGGAAGACCUUCUUUGACCACUCAUCCCUCACCCGCCAUCAGAGGACUCACACUGGGGAGAAGCCCUACGGCUGCCGUGAGUGUGGGAAAGCCUUCAGCCACAGGAGCAGCCUCAGCAGACACCUGAUGUCGCACACCGGGGAGAGCCCCUACGAGUGCAGCGUGUGCGCAAAAGCCUUCUUCGACCGCUCGUCCCUCACUGUCCACCAGCGAAUCCACACCGGAGAGAAGCCCUUUCAGUGCAGCGAGUGUGGGAAAGCCUUUUUUGACCGUUCAUCCCUUACUCGACACCAGAGAAUUCACACUGGAGAAAGUCCUUAUGAAUGUCAUGAGUGUGGGAAAGCCUUCAGCCAGAAAAGCAUUCUUACUCGCCACCAGCUAAUCCACACUGGCAGGAAGCCGUACGAGUGUAACGAGUGCGGGAAAGCUUUCUAUGGGGUCUCGUCGCUGAACAGACAUCAGAAGGCUCACGCCGGGGACCCUCGCUAUCAGUGUAACGAGUGUGGCAAAGCUUUCUUUGACCGCUCAUCCCUUACGCAGCAUCAGAAGAUCCACACUGGAGACAAGCCAUAUGAAUGCAGCGAGUGCGGGAAAGCCUUCAGCCAGCGGUGCCGGCUCACGCGGCAUCAGCGCGUCCACACGGGAGAGAAGCCCUUUGAAUGCAGCGUGUGUGGGAAAGUUUUCAGUUCAAAAUCUUCUGUUAUUCAGCAUCAGCGGCGUUACGCCAAGCAGGGAAUAGACUGAGUUGGGUGAAAGCUUGGGCGGGACAAGAACUUCCAUACAAAUUCGAGAUAGGUCUCCCCUGUCUUAAACAAAGCUGCCAUUUGCUCAUUCUACCCACCCUGGCUGCCGCUGUCCUGGCCUGCUUGUGCACCAGAGUGUUCAAUAGGCACUCCCUUCCUGCUGUGUUACAGAACCGCAGGCAGGCCACGGAGAUGACUCCCUUCCUGCUGUGUUACAGAACUGCAGGCAGGCCAUGGAAAUGACUCUAACGAUACAAAAGUUUGACGAGGUUUGUCAGACAAUAGGAUAGAUGUUAGGAGGAGAUACACCUCUUGUCUGAGAACCUAGGCCCCAGGUAUCACUGCACUUUAAGUAACUGGCGGCUGCAGCAGGAAGGAAAGGCAGAAUGAUACCAGAGCAGUACUUUUUUUUUUCAGAACAGUUGUUUUGAUGGCUGUUUUAGUCCCCCUGUCUUGGAGCUUUUUGGGGCCCUAAUCUUGUUCUCUUGUGUCCCAGCUUUUAGACCUCUUCCUUCUACUGCUAGUAGCCAGCACUUCCUGAGCGCUUACGAUGAGGUAGACUCAGCUAAGGGUUUUACAGGAAGUAGAUUAACUGAUCCUGUCGCCAACCCUAUGGAGUAGGCACUGUUACCAUCUGCAUCUCUAGAUGAGCACCCUGAGGUUUAUAGAGAUUAAAUCACUUGCCCAAGGUGACCCAGCUGGUAAAAGGUGAUGCCAGGUCUUGAAGACAGGUCCACCUUCAAAGUCUAUUUUCUUUACCAUUAUGCUUGAUGGUUUGUUUUAUAAUUUAUGUAUAUGUAUUAUCCUCUCAACUAGAUUGUAAGCACUUGGAGGUGUGACUUACAGGUCUUUGUAUCUCAUACAGUGCCUUGCUAAUGGGUGCUCAAUAAAUAUUUAUAUGAAUGAA